AUGUUUGAUCCCCGUCUUCAAGCCAAAAUAUUAAAAGUGGUAGAUGUCUCUUAUGGAGGGGAGACUGGUUUCAAUCAGGCCAUCGAGCUGUCCUCGGAAAUCCUAUCCAAUGUGAAAUUUAUUCAAGAGAAGCGCUUGAUAGGCAAAUACUUCAAGGAGAUUAGCCUGGACACUGGGAAAUAUGUUGUUGGUGUAGAUGAUACACUGAAAGCUUUAGAGAUGGGUGCUGUUAAGAUACUUAUUGUAUGGGAAAAUCUGGAUAUUAAUAGGUAUGUUUUGAAGAAUAGCACUACUAGUGAGAUUAUCAUAAAGCACUUGAAUAAGGAGCAAGAGGCUGAUCAAAGUAAUUUCCGUGCUCCUGUUGGCUCUGCUGAAUUAGAGGUGCAGGAAAAUAUGCCUCUUCUAGAGUGGUUUGCUACUGAAUACAAGAAGUUUGGUUGCACACUUGAAAUUGUCACCAACAAAUCUCAAGAAGGAUCCCAGUUCUGCAGAGGUUUUGGUGGGAUUGGGGGAAUACUCCGCUAUCAGCUCGAUAUAAAAUCAUUUGAUGAGUUUUCUGAUGAUGGUGAAGUUUAUGAUGAUUCUGAGGAUGAUGGUGAAGUUUUUGAUGAUUCUGAAUUGGAAUCAAUCAACAGUUUCCCAAUGCUGACCCAGGAGAAUGGGGCAAAAAGGACUGCACCAGUGCAGGAGAUCGAGGAAACACCAAAAGAGAUUAAUUAAGUAAUUUAGAUGUUAGAUUGUUCCAAAAAAAAAAAAAAAUUACAGGAGAUAUGUUUCCCGGAUUGGAGCAGCUGGGUAAGAGUCACAUGAAGAAUAAUGUGCUAUAUCAGGUGCUUCCAUUGCUUUGGGAAUUUGAUAACGUGCAAAGUUUAUUCCAUUAUUAUGACUUUAGUUUAUGUUUUUAAUUCUGUUUAAUACAUUCAUUAUAAUCCUGGUCAUUUGUGUUAAUGUUUGAUGGAUAUCCUUGGAGGUUUCAUCCUAGUUUCGAUACUAUAAUAAAAUGUUACUAAUAUUAAGUUU